AUGUAUAAUCACUAGAUUAAUUUGUAAAUGCAAAAGCAACCAUAUAACGGAAUGAUGAUAUAGGCUAAUGCCACCACAGUAGGAGGAAAUAGACCUGCCACAAGUUUUGGAUAUAAAUUCUAUAAGCAAGGCGAAGAGAAUGCAGCAUUAGGUAAUGUUCCAAAUACAAGCCAAGUAUAAAAGCAGUUGCCUUAUCAUUAAAAGCGUACUUAAACAAGGACUAAUUCGAAUAAGCUUCCUGAAAUUACAAAUAUUCAAGGCAGUGCUAAAAAAACAGAAAAAGUAGGAAAUCCUUUCGCAGGAAAUAUAUUCAGUGCAAAUAAUCCUUCUGGUAGCAGUGGAUAGAUGAGCUUUUCAAGUGCAGAAUUCAACGAAAUUACUUAAAACGAGAAAGAUGAGAGAUUUAGAUACCUUUUGAAGCAUGGUACAUUAAAGCGUAUAGAGGGUAAUGGAAAUAUUAUAUUCUGUGAACUACCAUAAAUUAUGGGAAUUUGGGUUUGCUACAGGAGGCCAUGUGAAAGAGAAGCAAAUUUAGAAAAACUUAAUCUGGAUUAUAUGGAAUUAACUCACAUGCCAUUACUUGAAGGAGAAGAAAAACUGAAGAUUUUAACAUAUUAGCAUAACAAAAUUAGUAGAAUUGAAAAUUUAGUUUCACUACCAUACUUACUAUACUUAGAUUUGUAUGAUAAUCAAGUCAAAGAAAUAGAAUCAAUUUACACUCUAUCUUAACUCAGAGUGUUACUCCUUCCUAAAAAUUAAAUAACUAGAAUUUAGCAAAUAGACUAACUCACAAAGCUUGAAGUGCUAGAUCUGCACUCAAAUAAAAUUUAAAAAAUUGAAGGAAUAAAGACCCUCGUCAAUUUAAAAAUAUUAAAUUUGGCCAACAAUCUUAUUGUAAAGCUUGAAAAUCUUGAAAGCUAACAAAAUCUCGUAGAAUUAAACCUAAAAUUAAAUUUAAUAGAAAAAGUAGAAAAUAUUUAACAUCUAAGUAAACUAGAAAAGCUGUUCUUACAGAAUAACAGGAUAGAUUCACUUGAAGGACUUAAAUGUCUUAAAUCUAUCAAUUCCCUCCUUGAGCUUAACUUAGAGGGAAAUCCUGUCACAAAAACUACAUAGCAAAUCACAUAUUAUAAAUUUAUUCUUUCAAAUACUGUAAAUCUUAAAUCAUUAGAUCAUAAACUCGUUGACUUGAUCAGAGAAGAUUUGAAAAAAGAAUCUAGUAGCUAAGCUUAAAUUUAGAAUACUGAUGAUGUAACUACAAGUGCAAAUACGCUUGAGGAUAAAAUCAGACAGUAAGGUGGUAAACAAUAAGAAAAGGCUGCUAAUGGAAACUUAUAAAUUAAUUAAAGAGGAGGGGCAGGAGAAGAAGAAGAUCAGGAAGAUGAAGAUAUAAAUCCUGAAGAAGUUAUAGAAAUUAUAGGCGAAUAAUGGAAAUAAGAACUCACCAGAGUAAAAAAAUUAGAAUUAUAAAACGCUAAAAAGAAAGACUAUUUGUAAAACAUACUCGUUGAAGGUGGUCAUGCCGAAAUAGAAGAUGAUACUUAGCUAUUUAUUUAUGGAAAUGCUUAUGAAAUAGUUUUAUCAAACGAUUAAUUUUAAGAAGUGAUUGAUAAAAUAUAAUUUUAAUACAUCAUUUUUGAUUUUAUAAUUGAAAACCAAACAUUGAAUACGCUGAAAAAUUUCAAAAAACUUAAAGAAAUAAUCCUAAAAGAUAAUUACUUAGUUACUCUCCUUUAACUAGCUAAGUUAGAAAUUCUUCCAUCAUUACGUAGCAUAUAAAUAAUAAAUAAUCCUCUUUAAAAAUGCUCCUUCCUGAAAGAAUUUAUUGUCUAUCGUUUUCCACAUAUUGUAAAAAUUAAUGGUAGUGAUGUCAAAGAUUAAGAUAAAUAAAAAGCUAAAAAUUUAUUUUCCAACUUCGAUAGAAUUUUAUAGCUGCCUGAAAAGUUCUACAACUCAGAAAACAUCCGCUCUUAUCCUUGUGAAAACUCUGAGGAAUUCGAAGUAUGCAGAGACAAGCAAUACAUGAAGAUAUUUAGUAAAGUAGCUGCUGACACUGCAGAGUAGUUCACUCAAAAUUUAUUUUAAGAUUUCUUAGAAGAAAAAAAUUUAGAAAAAGAGUUUACAGAUUUAUUCGAUAGCUAUAUCUUAACUUUAAUUGAUUAAUCACCCGUCUUAAAUAUAAAUUCUAAAUAUCCGUAGCAUAAUCAUCAUAGUAGUGCAGGAAAUAAUGGAUAUCUUCAUAAUAAGGUGGCUCAUAAUAAAACCAGCCACUCAUUACAUAGUAACUAUAAUAUAUCUUCAUAGUAAAAUACAACUUCACCUACUAUGUCUAUAAAUUCAAACAACUUUAUGUGA